ACCAAACCCGAAUGGACACCCCUAAUUGUCACAAUCUAACUACCUCAUCAUUCCAAUGGAAUAUCCACUCCCCUCCUCUCCCAACCAUGACUUUCCUUCCUUCAUUGGCCAAGCCAAAGUCCAAUCAUUUCCUUAAAACAGUAGACUACACUCAUUUCCAACCUGGAAUUUUUGUCCCAUCCAAGCUUUCCUUGGGUUGGUUGUCUCCCUAAGAUUGGGUAACCCAAAGUUUCAUCAUGAUGCCCCAGUUGACCUUUUUACAAGCUGCUUACCAAGCAUGGAACUGGGAACCUGCUAGAUAAGGAAGGAAACUAGCAGCCAACUCACAUGACAGAGCUGGGAUGGGAAGUCUAAGGUUGGUAAUGGUGGCAUGGUCCAGGAGUUGCACCAAGCACAUUCCUGUAAAAAGAAACCACUGCACAGGGCACAACCUCUGGAGGAAGAUGCAGAAAUAAGCUUUGAAAAUGAGCCAGCUGUGACAUCCUUCAUUUUCCAGAUCCAAUGUUUUCAAAACAUCGAUGGGAUGGGAAACCAUGCCUGGAGAAAGAUGUGUCUCUUUAAAAGUGCUUCUCCAGAUUCCGGCAAAAGAAAUAAAUUAAAAUAACAGAAGAACUGUCAAAGUCCUUGAUCAGUGAUAGAACCUAGACGAAUGACGACUGUAUGAGGAUCUCAGUAACUCUAACAAGCAAAUUUCAGGUAUCUUAUCAUGUUGCACCAGAGUUUCCAAACAGAUAGGAAGAAUGAUGCUAAUGUGUCUCAUAAUGACUUCUUUCAAAUCCAACGAAACUCCAUUCCCAUUCCAAUUGUAAGAUGCAAUAGAUGGGAAAGUCAGAAACCACACUUAUGUACAUAAGC